AUGCCAUCCCUCGCAACGGCUCGCCACUUCAAAAUAGCUAUCCUGGGGAUUCUGCUUGCUGUAAUGGGCAAUGUCUGCACGACGGCGAUCGCUACCACCAACGGCACCCUACAAGGGGGGGCGGGGUGCUACCUCCAGCGCAAAUACUUCCUUGGUAUACCGCGCAAGUUACUAUCUGCCCCUUUUGCUGCCCCUGAGUCGUACAACAAGACAUAUGACGGCGUGUUAGACGGCUCAGUUCAGCCACCUCGUUAUCCGCAAUUUGGCCUCGCUUACGUUGAGGAUGAAAAGCAAUCCGAAGACUGCAUUGUGGUCUCGGUGAACUACCGUGUCGACCCCCUGGGCUUAGUUGCGUAUCCAGCCGCUGGGAUCUCUGGCAACUACGGGAUACAAGGCCACUUUUUGGCAUUGCAAUGGGUCCGAAACGAGCUCAGCUCCUUCGGUGGUGACUCUAACACGGUCUUGUUGCUUGGCAAUUCUGCAGGUGCCUGGGACAGUUAUGCCACCGUGCCUCUCGCCCAGGCGCCCUCACUCAUGAAGAGCGCCGCUUUCCAGUCUGGACGCGGUCGCGGUAUUGUGCCCGUGAACCACACAAAAGCCCUGAACGGCCAGUAUAUUGGAUCGCUCAACUGUAGUCUGGACGACGGAGCUUUGGAUUGUUUGCGCAAAACACCAUUGACAACCAUGAACAAGACUCUCAUCGCCGUCGACAACUCUGCCCAGGACGUCGUCGGCACUGGGACCUUGAUUCAGUUCAACGGAUCUGGGAACGCCUGGCUGCCCUUGGUGGACAGUCACAUCAUCCCCCAAAAUCCGGCUUCUGUCGGCGUCCGGGUGCUCGCCAUCGUCGACUUUAUGGACGAAGCUUGGACAGUAUGGCCGCCACCGGCCGUCAGGCCAACGACAGUGUUUGGCCCGCAUGGAGACCAAAGUAGCUGA